UGACCUCGCUCGCCUCCACCACCGAUCGAAAGACCUCAGAGGAAGAGGCCAAACAAGCAUAAUUACAUAACGAUAGAAGAUAGCAAAUUGUCAUAAGAAUCAAGCAUGCCUUUGUAGUUAUCCCAUAUCUUCUUCUUUCGAUAUGAAGGUUCUGUUUCCUACUUGGCUUCAAGUCUGGUGGAAGAAGUGGCAGAGGAGAUCACACUUACUCCUCGCCAGCCUUGGGCUUGGUUCGAAGUUGACACAAAAAAAAAUAUACGACGAGAAUGAUCUGCCCGACCUCACUGAGGAAAUAAGCAAGGAACCAUCCCGAUACCCUGUUGCUCAAGGCAGCUUCGGGGAUGUUUGGAAGUGCAUACACAGCUUGAAGCACCCUCGAAUCACGGUAGAGGUUGCAGUAAAGUGUCUGAGACUUGAAAUUCCGAACAAUGACUGCAAGAUAAAGGUUACCGAGAGUCUAGAACACGACUUGCAGCGGAACACUAAGCUAGAACACGCCAAUCUGUUACCGUUUCUGGGAAUAACUCAAGGGUUUGGUCCGCUGCCUGCUAUCGUUUCCCCAUGGAUGCAGAAGGGCUCGCUUACCAUGCUUCUGGAACGCGAUUUUCAGCAACUCACUCUCACUCGGAUGCUCCAAAUCCUCAAAGAUGUCGUUUCAGCUCUUCAAUACUUACACUCCAAAAACAUAGUUCAUGGGGAUCUCACCGGCAACAACAUUCUCAUCAAUGAGAACGGCAACGCCUUUGUAGCUGACCAUGGGAUUUUCAUUUUUUGUGCCGAGCUCCACGGCACGUCAUAUAUCAGAAGUAAUGUGCGAUGGGCUGCACCUGAAAACUUCCAAGUCCCUGAAGAUGACGAGUCAAUAAGCCUGCCUCAAUUGGCAUCAGACAUAUAUUCUUUCGGCUGUAUCAUGUUGCAGGUCUUUACAGGAAAAGUUCCGUAUUCCGAAUUUCGUAGUGACCAUCAAGUUACCGUGCAGAUACUCAGAGGCAGAAAGCCUGCUCGACCAGUGACUCCGUCCGUAGCAGAUACUCUGUGGGAUUACAUACAGAAGUGCUGGCUUGAUAAACCGGAACACAGGCCUCCGGCCGAGGAAGUUCUGAUAUUUAUACAGGGACAGCUGAAACUGCUAGAGGAAAGCUCCUGAUACUCUGAUGCGACUCGUGAUGCCAUGACAGUUUCUUAGCAUUUUUGUAUGUUGUAUUAUCUAUCUUACGCUCUGUGUAACAUAAUGUUCACGACAUCUCAUGCCUCCAUAUCUCUUUUGAAAACUCACUCGCAGGUUU